CUGACAAACCCGUCGGCAGCGCGGUGCAAACAUGUUUACGUGAGUUAUGAACGAUGCAAAACGGGAGUGGUGCUUUAGAAUGCAGCGUAGUUGUCGCUGCUGCUUGAAGAAAACGGCAACUCGUUCAAACACGCGUCGCCGUGCGUUUAAAAAAAGAAAAGUCACCCUUAAUGGCCACCAAAGCAUGCUGUCAGUCUUCAAAUAAAUGAAAUGGAGAAGUUUAUGCGGAAACAACCAUGCCCUGAUGACACCGAGAUAACAAGUCCACCCAAGAAGCUCAAACUAGAACGAAUUGAAGUGAAGGAACAAUCAGUGGAUGCUCAGGAAGAUGACUUCUCAGAUCCUGUUCCCUGGCAAAAAGUAGAAUCAGAAGGUCUGGACUGUGACUAUGCUUUGCUUUUCACCAAGCAGGAAGCUGACCACCUUUUCCAAAAACUAGAGGAGGAGGUGGUCUACUCAACAGGGGAAGAAGCAAAGGUGCAAGUGUUUGGAAAGGUGUACGAUAUACCCAGGAAACAGGCGACAUAUGGAGAUGCAGGAUUGAUGUACACUUAUUCUGGAGUGGCACGUUUAGCCUGCCCAUGGACUCCCACCCUGGAUUAUAUUCGGGAUUCUGUCACCAAAAUAACAGGACAUACAUUCAAUUUUGUCCUGAUCAACAGGUACAAAGAUGGCCAGGAUCACAUGGGUGAGCAUCGGGAUGACGAGAAGGAGCUAGAUCCUCAGUCUCCCAUUGCCUCAGUCUCGCUCGGCGCUGCACGAGAUUUCAUUUUCCGCCACAGGGAUGCUCGAGGUAAACAAAGCAGUCGACACAUCGAGCCUGUCAAGCUGGUGCUGGCCCACGGAAGCCUGCUCCUCAUGAACUCGCCGACCAACACUUUCUGGUAUCACAGUCUUCCCGUUCGAAGGAAAGUCCUCCUACCUCGCAUUAACCUCACAUUUAGACGUAUUGUGUCCACCAGGAAAUACUAGACACUAUCGCCAUAUCCUUGACUUCUACGUUACUACAUACUUUACUAAUUUCAGCUCUGGACGAUACAAAGAAAAUUGUUGAAGAUACUGUCAGUGAAAUAUAAUGGGUGGUGUAAAGAACAAAAUAAUGUGUUUACUUAUUGUUGGGGGAAAACAAACAAAUAAAAUAGAAAGUAUUAGGGUGAGAGAAAAACAA